CCGCCCCUGCACAUGCUCCGGGCCAUCCUGCUCGCGGCGCAGCGGGCGCAGCAGCAACUGCGCGCGGACCCCUCGCUGUCGCGCGCGGGCGCCGCCGCGGCGGAGGGCGAGGCGGCCCCUGGCCCCGUGCCGCAGCUGGGCCUGGGCCGCUCGAGGGAGCUGGGCUCGCUGCUGGAGGCCCUGCCGCUGGCAGCCCUGCAGCGGUCGCUGGAGCUCCACCUGGCGGGGCUGCCGGCCGCGCCCACGGAGGCGCCGCUCGCGCCCUUCGCGCAGCAGACGCUGCUGCUCGGCCGGGCCGUGCUCGCCGGCGCGCUGGAGAGCAGCAUGGCCGCGGCAGCGGCCGCCGAUCGUGCAGCUGGUCUGCGUGCUCUUGGAGAAGGGGCUCGGGAAGAAGACCGAGGAGGGCGAGGAUGA